AUGAGCAGCUACGAGACCGAACAUGCCUCUGAUCCUCCAAAUGGCGAUCAAAGCCAACCGCGACGACCCGAUCUCUCCACUUUCCUGAGUCUUCUGUCCGAAGUCACGCCUGACCGACCAGAAGAACGAGCUCGUGAGGGUGCUGUCCCUGUUCCUGCCGAUGUCUCGGCCGUCUUUCGCUCGCUUGCAGAGGCAUUCGAAGUAAUGCGUAGGAUCAAUGACAAUGCCGACUCCAACCUGCUCGAGAGCAUGAUCCAAAACCUGAUGGACACUGCCGAGCGACCUCCCCGGGAAGUCAAGGGCGUGGACGAGGAAUAUAUCGCUGCAUUGGAGCGGGUCAACAUCAAGAAGGUCAACAAAGACGCCGACUGCCCUAUCUGCGGUAAUGCUUUCGUCGAAGACCCUCACCCGCUGCUAGUGCGUCUGCCUUGCCAUCAAAGUCAUAUUUUCGAUCUAGAAUGCAUCAGACCGUGGCUUUUGGUGAACGGAACAUGUCCUUUGGAUCGGAUUGACCUGGCGCAGAGGGAGAGAGAUCGUAAAAAGAAACAGCUGGAAGAGAUCAAGAAGAAUGCUGCACCGGAGGAUGAGGAAGAGGAAUGGGACGGGCUCUAUGGCUGA